AUUGCUUCCCUUGUAGUCAUGUCGGGGACGUCCAAGCAACCCCUCUUUCUGGUUGCUGGUUUCGCUCUUAAUCUGAUGCUGCUUGUUCAUUCCCAAGAUAAUCAAUCAGGAUUCAUUAGCAUAGAUUGUGGCCUCCAGGCGGAUUCAAGUUAUUCUGAACCGGACACUGGCAUUAAGUACAUUUCCGAUGCAACCUUCAUAGACACCGGUGAAAGUAAAUCCACAUCACCUAGUUACAGAGAGUAUCAACAGCGAUACAGGUCUGUUAGGAGCUUCCCCGAAGGAGCCAGGAAUUGCUACAAGAUAAAUGUUACACGCGGCAACGAAUAUUUGAUCCGAGCAAGUUUCUUAUAUGGGAAUUAUGAUGACCAAGAUAAGAUACCAGAAUUUGAACUGCACCUUGGACCUAAUUUGUGGGAUACGGUUAGGUUUGAAAGUGCCUCCGAUGCAAACAUGGACAAAGAGCUCAUAUAUGUCCCACUCCGAAACUAUAUACAUGUUUGUUUGGUGAACACAGGCUCUGGGGUUCCAUUCAUAUCUUCUCUGGGACUCAGGCCUUUACCUAAUGCAACUUAUCAAACGACAAUGGGGUCAUUGGCACUUGUCUCCCGAUAUGACACGGGCGAAACACCUGAUGGGACAGGAUACAGAUAUCCAUUCGAUAUUCAUGAUCGAUACUGGGAUAACUAUGACUCCGAUGAUUGGACACAAUUAAACACCUCAUCCACCAUCAAAUCUGAAUCUGACGAACCACCAUCUGAGGUUAUGAGUACUGGUUCAACGCCAAAAAAUCCAAGUGAUUCCUUGAGUAUUAAUUUCUCGUUGCCAGACAUAAAUGCGCAAUAUCAAAAUUACCUGUACUUUGCAGAAGUUGAAAGCCUCCAACUCAACCAAUCUAGAUGGCAAUACAUUUUUAAGAACGGAGAGAACAUUUAUGGGCCACUUGCUCCUCAAUACUUGUACAUAGAUACCAUUUACAGCCCUAACGCUUGGAGCACUGAUGUAAGCGAUGUAAAUUUUUCAAUUACCAAGGCUGAGAACUCUACCCUUCCACCUAUCCUCAAUGCUAUUGAGAUUUAUGUGGUUAAACAGUUCGGAGAAGCAGAAACAAACCAAGAAGAUGGUAACCACUAA